AUGAAGAGUUGCAGCUUAGAUCUUUGCCUAUCUCCAAUGGCCUCUACGCUUGAAUCUUGCCGCCGAAUUUCUACAGUAAGUGAUCAUUCGUCAGCCAUAAGAUCUAGGGAGAUCAAUGCAUUCUAUGAUGGGGGAUUACGCGAGUACGAUCUCGUAGAGAUCCAGAUAAGGGAAAUCUUAGAGAUGGCGAGAAAGGACUGUGAAGUGACGACGUUGGAGUUAGCGCCGGCGAGACUUGAACCGCCAUCAGGGUGUUCGGUGAAGAGAUCUGUGAAGAGGUUUUUGGAGAAGAGGAAGAAGAGAAAUAAAUCUUUUGUACCUAACAGUUACACUUACACCACCAGCUCCUCCUCAUCUUCGCAUCCUUUCCAACAUAUUUAA